AUGACAUAUCUCAAAGCGCAAACCCGUAAUUUUCUAAGCCAAGUAAGGAAGCAAACAAGUAUUGCAACCCAAGAGACGAUCGACAAAAGUGGAAGUAAGAGAUAUGCAAUUGGAAGUGAGGCUGAAAAAUGCCAUGCCAUGCCAUGCCAUGCACCUUCCCGCCCUUCGAAUCACGAGGGAGACAGGUUCUUGUACACUACUUUUUAG